GAGGCUUCACAGGCCUCGACGUGUUCUUUUUCCCGGCCAAACAAAAUGGAGGCGUGGCAGUCUUUUUAGUCACAAAAGAAGGGGCACAAAAUGGCCUUCCCCCCCUUGGCCUGGCUGCCGGCCUUUGGGGUCCCACCGCCUCCCUCGUGCAAAGGGCCGAAACACGAGGACGAUGAACCAGGAAGUAAAGUUUCUUCUGGUUUGGUCUCUCCAGCUUCCCUGGUAAGAGAAAAGCAAAGGAGGGAUUUGAGCAGCAGAGGGAAUUACAGGUGCGGCAGGGAGACCAUGACCACGUUAAUUCACCGGGGACGGCGGGCGGACGUUGGCAGGAAUGCUGACAAGCGAGUGGAGGGUGAGGAAGACUCUGUGCUUGACAAGAGCAAUGGGGAGGAAGACCCCGGCGACUGCAAAGACAUCCGCCUCACCCUCAUGGAAGAGGUGCUGCUCCUGGGACUGAAAGACAAGGAGGGAUACACAUCUUUCUGGAAUGACUGCAUCUCCUCAGGCCUGCGUGGUGGCAUUCUCAUUGAGCUGGCCAUGCGAGGGAGAAUACAGCUGGAGCCUCAGACCAUGAGGAAAAAACGGCUGCUGGAUCGAAAGGUGCUUCUAAAGUCAGAUGCUCCAACUGGAGAUGUGCUUCUGGAUGAGACGCUCCGCCACCUCAAAGCCACGGAGCCUGCGGAGACGGUGCAGACGUGGAUUGAGCUGCUCACAGGCGAGACCUGGAACCCCUUCAAGCUUCAGUACCAGCUCCGCAAUGUCCGUGAGAGGAUCGCCAAGAACUUAGUGGAGAAGGGCAUCCUGACCACUGAGAAGCAGAACUUCCUCCUCUUCGACAUGACCACCCACCCAGUCACCAACACCACGGAGAAGCAGCGCCUGGUGAAGAAGCUGCAGGAGAGCGUACUGGACCGGUGGGUCAAUGACCCCCAUCGCAUGGACAGGAGGACCUUAGCACUGCUGGUGCUGGCCCAUGCCUCCGACGUCCUGGAGAAUAUCUUUGCCAGCCUGGUUGAUGAGCAGUACGACGUGGCGAUCAACCGGUCCAAGGACCUGCUGGAGAGGGACCCUGAGGUAGAAGCGGCCAAGGCGGGCUGCGCCGAGAUGGUCUGGGCCGUCCUGGCAGCUUUCAACAAGUCUUAAAUCUUCCUCUCUAGCGGAGAGAGUUUGUUCCGAGUGGGUUUUGCCCCUUCCUCUCUAGGACUGAACCUUUCACUCUGUGGAUUCUUCCUGCGCCCUUUGACAGCAGGCCUUGGUGACUUCCUGGUGUCACACCCACCCGGAGUGAAGGGACACAGCGGGUAGCAUUCUGUUAUAGGAAAACUUAUACAUUCACCACCUCCUCCUCCUCUUCCUCCUCCUCUCCGUUGGAUUUGGGGAUUUGAUAGGUUGCAAGAAUGAGUAAAGAAGUUCUGUGCGUCUCCUUUUCCUUUCUGUGAUACCCUUCUUUUUUGUUACACCCCCCGAGUUAAAAUGAAGGUUUGCAUCUGUUAGAAAAUGAACGUUAUCUCUCCCUUUUUAAAUUUCAAACUCUCUUUCUUGUUUUUUUUUUCUUUUUGUAUGUUUUGGGAAGGAAUGAAUUGCAGUGUGUAUUCUGUUGGUUUAUUAUUAUUUUUUAUCUGAACUCUGACCUCAGUUUGUGCUCUGUCUUGUUUCUCGAUCCAGAUUCCUCUGGAUGGUUUUUCUUCUUCUGUGCUGUUCUCCUUGUGUUUGUUUGAAAAUACCAUUACAGCACAAAUCUCUA